UUGGUUAUGAAAACGUAUGUGGAGACGAUUCAACCUUUCAUUCACAAGCCUAGCAAGCGUGCGCGCUGAUUUAACGCUUAGCUCAGCAUGGUACGCAAACUGAAAUAUCAUGAGCAGAAGCUCUUGAAGAAGGUUGACUUUAUAUCAUGGGAAGUCGAUAACAACCUCCAUGAAGUAAAGAUUAUGAGAAAGUAUUAUGUACAGAAACGCGAGGAUUACACUAAGUACAAUAAGCUGUCACGGGCUAUACGGGAUCUGGCGCGGAAGAUCAAAGAGUUAGAUCCGAAGGACCCAUUUCGUGCCAAGGCAACCACAGACUUGCUCAACAAACUGCACAGCCUGGGCGUCAUUUCCAUCAAGGAAAACCUGGAGAUAUGCGACAGAGUGACAGCUUCAUCAUUUUGCAGGAGAAGGCUUCCAGUCAUCAUGGUGCGAAACCAGAUGGCGCAGCGCGUCAAGAUGGCUACGCAGUUUGUCGAGCAAGGCCAUGUUCGCGUCGGACCUGACGUGAUCACAGAUCCCGCGUUUUUAGUGUCCCGGCAGCUGGAGGACUUCGUGACGUGGACCGAUUCGUCGGCCAUCAAGAAGCACGUCGCUGAAUACAACGACAUGAGGGACGACUACGACCUCCUUUAGCGACAGGCUUGGCCUGGUUCAUCUGUAAAUAGGCGAAUGAAGAGAAGGCUCUGAUUGACAGUGCUAUACGAAGCAAGAUUUGGUGACCAUGUAUUAGCGGUUGUGCUAGCGGUUGCCGGGGCGGUAACUAACCCUGCUCUUGGAGCUCCUGGCCAGCGACCUGAACCACAACCUCAGAAGUCCUUGCAUCUACCAAAUCUGACUUGCGUCAAGUGUUGAUCCGUUUUACUGAGCAAUAAAAUUAUAAAGCAUUCCUUCA